AUGAUUAUGAAUGCUACUACUACCAUGUGGCAAUUCUACACUUGCUUCCUUGCGUUGGUUUCCUUCUCUGGCUUUGUGGUUAGUUUUGCUCCGCCCUCGACAAAGACGACAGCCGGAUGUGCUUCCCCGACAGAGUUGUCCAUGUCGUCGUCGUCACCAUCAUCAUCACGUCGUGACCUGUUCCAACAAACAACAGGUGCAGCCGCAAUAGCUUUGGGCGCUUCCAUCCUCAUCCAACAUCCGAGAAAAGUUCAAGCGAUUUCGCUGCAAGGACCCAUGACGGAGCAAUCCGCUCUCAACAAGGCUAACGAAGGAUAUCAAGGUGUCUACUUUGAUCCCAACCACCCCGAUGGAUAUCGCAUUAUUCGGACCAAUUCCAAGACAGGCAAGACUACCAUGACACUCAGUGACGGUGUCCCCACACAAGAAGAAGCCAAAACCUAUACUGCUGCUGUGACUGUUGACGGCAACAACAACGCGUUUGUCUUUGACUUUUCCUUCAAAGGCGGACCCAAGAAUCUCAAAGCAACAUUGGCAGACGACAAGCAAUCUUUAGCAUUUGAAGAUGGCAACAUUUGGACCAAGAAUUAUUACAAAUAUGAUGGCAUUUACAAGGUCACAUCUGGUCCAGGGAGCGAAAACAAAGACGCCUAUCGCGUGAUUCGCAGGAACAAGCCCGACAUUUUGUUGGAGGUCAAUGACACUGGCAAUCCAGCGGAUUCCAAAUUUGUCGAUGGCAAAGUGGGCUCACUCUUUAGCAUUCCCACGUCCCAACUCACCUUUUAUUACAAUGGCAAGGGCGCGGCGCAAGCGGCUGCUUCUUAUUCCGUGAUGGAUGCCCUCUAUGAUUUCCAACGGAGCAAACCGCCACCCACCACCAACGAAUAUGGCGGGACGGUGGGACAAUUGUCCUUUCAAGAUCGAAACACGGUCUUUCCGUAUGGUACCAUUACCUUUCCCGACAAGACGGUGUGGACCAGAAUCUAA